AGGACAGAGCAGAUUAGACAACGAGGGGUGGGCUCUCAGGGACCCCCAGCCCAUUCUCCCCCUCCAUUCCAAAGGACAGAGAUUGUUUUUCUUGCUAACUUUUAGCAGAAAAAAAAUUAGAGGGAGAGAUAAAGGAGACGGCAGAAAGGUGACAGAUUAUUCAGGAGAGGCGCAGAGGAGAUCGGUGCGAGUCGCCAUGGGGACUCCCAGGGCCCAGCACCCGCCGCCUCCCCAGCUGCUGUUGCUAAUUCUGCUGAGCUGUCCCUGGAUUCAGGGGCUGCCCCUGCAGGAGGAGGAGGCACCGCCAGAACCUGGAAGUGAAAUCCCGACAGUAGCCUCGGAGGCCUUGGCGGAGCUGCUCCAUGGGGCCCUGCUGAGGAAAGGCCCAGAGAUGGGCUACCUGCCUGGAUCUGAUCCAGACCCCACACUAGGCACCCCUCCAGCUGGCCAGACUCUUGCAGCGCCCUCCCUGCCACGGGCCACUGAGCCGGGGACAGGGCCUCUGACAACGGCCGUAACCCCUAAGGGGGACAGGGGCGCAGGCCCCACCGCACCAGAGCUGCUGACCCCGCCCCCCGGAACUACAGCUCCGCCCCUUCCCGGUCCUGCCUCCCCUGGCCCACCCCUCGGGCCUGAGGCCGGAGAAGAGGAGACCACCACCACCAUCAUCACUACGACAACGGUCACCACCACAGUGACCAGCCCAGUUCUGUGUAAUAACAACAUCUCCGAGGGCGAAGGGCAUGUGGAGUCUCCAGAUCUAGAGAGCGCUGCCAGCCGCACCUCGGGGCUCCUGGACUGCACCUACAGCAUCCACGUGUACCCUGGCUACGGCAUUGAGAUCCAGGUGCAGACACUGAACCUGUCACGAGAGGAGGAGCUUCUGGUGCUAGCUGGCGGGGGUUCCCCAGGCCUGGCCCCCCGGCUCCUGGCCAACUCCUCCAUGCUAGGAGAAGGACAGGUCCUUCGGAGUCCAACCAACCGGCUGCUCCUGCAUUUCCAGAGCCCGCGGGCCCCAAGGGGCGGUGGCUUCCGGAUCCACUAUCAGGCCUAUCUCCUGAGCUGUGGCUUCCCUCCGCGGCCGGCGCACGGGGACGUGAGUGUCACGGACCUGCACCCGGGGGGCACAGCUGCCUUCCACUGCGACUCGGGCUACCAGCUGCAGGGCCAAGAGACCCUCAUCUGCCUCAAUGGCACCCGGCCAGCCUGGAGCGGUGAACCCCCCAGCUGCACGGCAUCCUGCGGUGGCAUGAUCCAUAAUGCGACACUGGGCCGCAUCGUGUCCCCUGAGCCUGGGGGAGCUGCAGGGCCCAACCUCACCUGCCGCUGGGUCAUCGAGGCUGCAGAGGGGCGCCGGCUGCACCUGCACUUCGAGCGGGUCUCACUGGAUGAGGACAAUGACCGGCUGAUGGUGCGCUCAGGGGGGAGUCCGCUGUCUCCAGUGAUCUAUGACUCCGACAUGGACGAUGUCCCGGAGCGUGGUCUCAUCAGUGAUGCCCAGUCCCUCUAUGUGGAGCUGCUCUCCGAGACUCCGGCCAAUCCCCUGCUGCUAAGUCUCCGGUUUGAAGCCUUUGAGGAAGAUCGCUGCUUCGCCCCCUUCCUGGCACAUGGCAAUGUCACCACCACAGAUCCUGAGUAUCGACCAGGGGCACUGGUCACCUUCUCAUGCCUCCCAGGAUAUGCCCUGGAGCCCCCUGGGCCCCCCAAUGCCAUUGAAUGCGUGGAUCCUACAGAACCCCACUGGAAUGACACAGAGCCAGCCUGCAAGGCCAUGUGCGGAGGGGAGCUGACGGAGCCAGCCGGCGUGGUCCUCUCUCCAGACUGGCCCCAGAGUUACAGCCCCGGCCAGGACUGCAUGUGGGGCCUGCACGUUCAAGAAGAGAAGCGCAUCUUGCUUCAAGUUGAGAUCUUGAACGUGCGUGAAGGGGACAUGCUGACACUGUUUGAUGGAGAUGGGCCCAGCGCCCGAGUUCUGGCGCAGCUCCGGGGACCUCAGCCCCGCCGCCGGCUCCUCUCAUCUGGGCCCGACCUCACGCUGCAGUUCCAGGCACCAUCUGGGUCCCCAAACCCAGGGCUGGGACAGGGGUUCGUGUUACACUUCAAAGAGGUUCCGAGGAACGAUACGUGCCCGGAGCUGCCCCCUCCGGAGUGGGGCUGGAGGACGGCGUCCCACGGAGACCUGAUCCGGGGCACCGUGCUCACUUACCAGUGCGAGCCCGGCUACGAGCUGCUCGGCUCCGACAUUCUCACCUGUCAGUGGGACCUGUCCUGGAGCGCAGCGCCGCCUGCCUGUCAAAAGAUUAUGACAUGCGCUGACCCCGGCGAGAUCACCAAUGGGCACAGGACCACGUCGGACGCCGGCUUCCCUGUUGGCUCCCACGUUCAGUACCGCUGUCUGCCGGGGUACAGCCUAGAGGGGGCCGCUGUCCUCACCUGCUACAGUCGAGACACAGGCACACCCAAGUGGAGUGACCGCGUGCCCAAGUGCGCCUUGAAAUAUGAACCCUGCCUGAACCCGGGGGUGCCUGAGAACGGCUACCAGACGCUAUACAAGCAUCACUACCAGGCGGGCGAGUCUCUGCGCUUCUUCUGCUACGAGGGCUUUGAGCUCAUCGGCGAGGUCACCAUCACCUGCUUGCCCGGCCACCCCUCCCAGUGGACCAGCCAGCCCCCACUCUGCAAAGUGGCCUAUGAGGAGCUCCUGGACAACCGAAAACUGGAAGUGACACAGACCACAGACCCAUCCCGGCAGCUGGAGGGGGGCAACCUGGCCUUGGCCAUCCUGCUACCCCUGGGCUUGGUCAUUGUCCUUGGCAGUGGCGUUUUCAUAUACUACACCAAGCUGCAGGGCAAAUCCCUCUUCGGUUUCUCGGGCUCCCAUUCCUACAGCCCCAUCACCGUGGAGUCAGACUUCAGCAACCCACUGUAUGAAGCCGGGGAUACACGGGAGUAUGAAGUUUCCAUCUGAACCCCAAGACUAAGGCUGCAGGACCCAGGACACCCCUCCCGCCUCAUUCUGGGCAGGGAGGAGAACAGGACUUGGUUUCUGGCUCUUUUCCUCCCUCCUGUGUAAAUAGCCCCCCCGUCCCACAAGGGGGUUCAAGGCCCUGGGGACCCCACAGUAAAUAAACCAGCAUCCCGCCGCCCAAAGCCGCCUCUUCUCAGUUGCCAAACAAUGGGCCUACCCCAUCCCCCCGACCAGCUUUUGGACCCCGGGAGGGCAUCUCAGCCCCCUUCAAUUCCUGGAGCCCCUCCAGCUUGGGUAUCCCACCAGGACUAGUCCUGAAAGCCCUGCUCUUCCCGUGGCUUGAUGGCUCCCCUCUUCCCAGAUGCCCUGGCUCCAGGCUGCUCUGUGGCCUGGGAAGGUCAGAGCCGGAAGAAGGGACGCUGGGACACGCCCGCUUCCUGCCAUCUCCCCACCCACCACCUUUCCACCUCUGCUGCUGGACUUUUGUUUUUGAGCAAUAAACAGAAAAUCACCACUUGUAACUGG